AUGCAGUACAACGUGGACAAUCAAUCUUCUUCUUCUUCUUCUUCUUGUAAUCAAGAACCAAAGAAACAACGGAAACGAACGAGGACCGCUUAUACUAGUUUUCAAUUAGUUGAACUUGAAAAAGAAUUUCAGAAAGGUCGUUACCUUUGCAGACCGCGAAGAAUUGAAAUGGCCGAAAGUUUAUUUUUAACAGAGAGACAAAUAAAGAUAUGGUUCCAAAAUCGUCGUAUGAAGUACAAAAAAGAAGAGAUACUGAAAAAUCCAUGUAAUACGAUGCAAUACAAUGAACAAUCAUAUCCACCAGCAUACAUUGAAAAUGGAUAUGUGGAAAAUGGAUAU